AUGCUGGAUUUUAUAGAUGCUACAGCUUCUCCUUUACUGCACAAGUUUACUGAAAUCCUGAAAAGUCAAACAUUUGGACUUGAUGAUUUCGAUCGCAUCUCUGGAUUGGAGCUCACGGUCGAAUGGAUUAAACGAACUGGUUUCAGAAGCCCGAUCGUCAUUGACUCUCCAGAGGGCCUCGAUAUGAUGAUGCCAGAAACUAGUCUCAAUGCUUCCCAAAUCGCCGAUCUGGUUGGCCGAGACGUCGUGGUUGAAGCUAUGGAAGUCUCUUCUCAAAGCGAGAUUCUGAUGAAUCUUGGUCAAUGGGCCGUUUACUUUGACGCUCCAGUGAACAGAACUCGGAUACUCAACCUCAUCUCACUGGAAGUUUCAAAAACACGACUCGGAAAUAUGAUCAAAUUGCCUCGAAUAGUUCGAGAAAUCGAUUGGAUGGAGACGGUUUGGCCGUCUCAUAAAAGGGAGACUAAUUAUCCAAAAGUUCAAAGAUACUGCCUCAUGAGUGUCAAGCACUCGUACACGGACUUUCAUAUCGAUUUUGGAGGCUCUUCUGUAUAUUAUCAUAUAUUGAGGGGUGAAAAGAUAUUCUUCUUUGUCGAGCCAACUCCAGCAAACCUGGAAGUCUAUGAAAAGUGGUCUGUCAGUCCAAAUCAGGCCGAUACUUUCUUUCCUGAUUUGGUAGACAAGUGUGUGAAGGUCCGUAUCAAGGCUGGAAGCACAUUGAUGAUUCCAACAGGAUGGAUUCAUGCUGUGUAUACACCCGUCGAUUCCAUAGUUAUUGGCGGAAACUUUCUACACGGCUUCAAUAUCGGUGGUCAGAUUGAAGUCCGGAAAAUAGAGCUCAGAACGGCCGUGCCAGUCAAAUUCACCUUUCCAUUCUUUGACAAGAUGAUGUGGUAUGCGUCGCAAAAGUAUGCCCCUAUUCUUGAAGGUGAUGCACAAAAGUUAUGUAUAUUUGAGCUGGACGGAUUAUGUCACUUAGCUGAUUAUCUAGAGCAUCUUCUGGCCGUCAUUGAAUCGGACGAACCGUCGCAUGUCAAUGAACGGAAACGGUUGACUGCUGAGAUUCCAGUCGCCAUUCAAUUGCGGAAGCCGUUUGUAUAUGUACAGGAUAUUCGUCGUAUGGCCAGAGAUGAAUUGUCUCGACGAGCUGCAAGGACGUCGAGUUUGGGACAUGAUAAUGUCGUUGAAAUUGAGACGUCAAGUGUCUCGAAUACAACGGCAACAGCGUCACCAUCACGUAGUACUGGUACAGCGGUACCCGCAUCAGCACUACAGAUACCUAAAUCGAUAAAACUUCGUCUUUCUGCAAUGAAUCAACCAUCUCCCCAAAUCCAAUCUAAGUCGGAGCCAGUCAAAGAGGACAAACCAAAGCUUCUACUUCGACUUCCGCCGCCUGGUGAAGCCGUCUCAUACGAAGAUCCAAACGACGUGGAGGACAAUGAUGCCGACGAGGACUUUACCGUCGACGUAAAAGACAAAGAUUAUUCUACUAGUGAUGAGGAAGCUCUUCUUGAGGAGGUUAAGAGUAAGAGUGUUGCCAGCAAGUCUCACGGCAAGAAACGAAGGAGGAGCUCGGAGGCUAGUAGUGACAGUGACGACGAUAGUGAUGAUCAGAAAAGGAAGACUGGGUCGAAAAAGUCUGUCGCUUCCAACAAGAACAGCAAAAGUACUAGUAGUAAAACUGAAGCAGUCAAGAAAGCCAAGAAACCUCAUGUAAUAAAUAGUUUGAGCAAGAAGCUUGCAGCUCUGUCUAGGAAACGUAACUAA